AUGGCGGCGCACGGCAUUCAGCUUGGUACGCUUAAGGACUGCUUUAAGUUCCUGCAGUGGUUGCAUAAAAAUGAUGGUAAGCAACAAGAGGUGGCCAGAGAACUGCAUGGGCGUAUCAGUAAAUAUUUUCAAAAGGGUUCUAAACAUUUCAACCUAGAAAACGUCAAAAAGGGCUUGUCGGAUUUCCUUGGCCACGUGUCAAAGUUUUAUGAGAGAUUAUGCUACUACCCAAGGCCGGGGAGGUAUGACAGUAAACAACCGAGUGACAUCGUAGAUGCCCUUCUGGAAUGCCUGCCCAAGUUCCUCGCUGCCAUAUACUUUUUGGAGUACUGCGUGAAUCAGGGUUUCAAAGAUCUGGGCGGGGGAGGGUGGCAGCAGAACUGGCCGGCAUACGAUGAUAAUCGGUGGGGAGGCGAUCUUGCUAACUAUCUCUAUGCGAAAUCCGGCGACCCUAAGUACAACUCAAUCACCGGUCUCAUACCCGGUGGGUUAACUUCUGGCGAGGUGAAAUAUAGGACACUUGGGCGGACUUACUACCAAGGAUAUAAUAUGGUCGAUGACCUUAAUGCCAUCAUGAGAAAAGGAAACUACAAUUUCCUGCGCAGCGUAUUUGUCACUUCGGUGUUCUCCACAGAUCGUGGCACCGCUAUGCAGAACACGGCGAACUCUCUCUCGUUGGUGAGAACCUUUUGCGACAUUGUUCUUGAGGAGGCAGACCAAGAUGGCGGCGGAGGGUUAAUAAAGAAAUUGGAUGCAGGCUUAAACAGUCAAUGGAGAUCGCAAAAUAGAUCCAUCUGCUGGAAGGACUUAAGAGAACAUUGCGCUCAACUGAGGGAAAAACUCGGCACACUCCUCAACAAGGACAAACGCUUUGACUUCACAGGCCAGUCGACGGCACUUCAUAACCUGCACAAAGAGGAGCUUGCAAGCAGAGCAGCGGAUUGGAUGAGGCAGAAGCUUACCAUGGUGCGGGGCAAUUUAAAUAAAAUUAAAACGGAUGCAUCUGCGACGAAUGAUCUUGGGGAAUACUUCACGAAACAUUUCUUCCCCUACGGAUUCAUAUUCAAAGAGCGCUUCCAUUUGUCGGACAGUGAUGUGCGGGGUUUGAAAACAGAUUGGCGCAAUGUAAUCGAUGACCUUAAGAAACGGAAUGGCAGCGAUUUGGAUAGGCUUGUGGAGAUUCUGAAUGGUGAUGGUCCAGGAUCGUGUCAAUCUCCCCCGCAUCCACCUAAAAAGCCUGAGGCCCCGCCUGCCAAGGUCCCCGAAGCCCCCAAGGAAGUUGUGCCGGAGAAGGUUCCGGUUCCACAAAAAACCGAGGGAGCACAGAACCAGGGGAAGAACGCAGAUGGAACUACAGAUCAGAAUAAUGGUCAAAGUGAAGUAAAGCCGCCACCUUCACCUGUUGUAAAGCCUCCUGCUGCAACUCCGUCUCCCGGUAAGGAUGGAGGUCCAGGCCUGCCAGGGCCUACUGGUCCAGCGACUCCGGCGUCUUCUCCGACUAAAGAUACACCAGGUUCACACCCUACUUCCCCUCAAGCCCCUGUGCCUCCCCAGAUUCCGAGUGCUUCAGGUUCAAACACUGGGUCAGCUGUCGAUCAGGGGGCUCGGCAAAAUGUUGUUCAAAAUGGUAGUCAACCAACAAGUCAAGCCUCCGAUCAUGGUUCAAGCGGCGGCGGUACUGCGCCGGGUGCCACGGGGCCUGGUGGAGGUGGGAGUGGGAAGGAUGCCGCUGAUACUUGCCUGAAGCCUACAUUGGAAAAUCUCUGGACUCAUAGCAAUGAUCAUCCCCCAAAACAAUUCUGUACUCUGACAUACAAGAGUCCCGUUAGGUCUCCGAUCCAAGGACAGAAGACUCCCUCACAACAUUGGGAGGCUGUGCAAGAGAAGGAGAAGCAGCGACGGGAGCAGCAAGAGAGGGAAGCAGAGGAACUUAAGCAGAAGGAAGCGCUGCGGGAGAAACACCGCCAGCAGGAGCAGCUGCAGAAUUUAAUAUUAUCGGUUGAGGGAUCCAAUGUUGGCCCUCCGUUGGAGGGUAAGACGUUGCCGGACGUCUCCGCCCUUAUAUCGCAGAAACGGAGAGAGGCAGACGAGAGAUCGAAAAUGCGUGAGCAAAUACAUAUUAUGAGGGAUGGUGAUUUUGUUCAUGCCUCUGCAAUUAAGCCUUUCACAAAGCAGCCUUAUGCUGCCCGGCUUUUAAGAUCCCCCAAACGCUCGAAGCCGCUCCCUGCUGCCAGGCAUAAACAUCAUAAUGUCGCUGUUCCCGAUGUUGCCGACGGCAUGGCGUUACCGCAGAAUUUGCCGACCAAAAUGAACGUUCCUCGACACAAAUUUAAACAGUCGCACAAACCCCUCGAAGUGCAGGAGUUGGAUGACUAUCCAAUCGCUUUUACGCAGCACGUCUCCGGGACCGAUCUGACGAAAUUUCCUGCAAAAGACGUCAAUGCCACCGCAUUUCAGGACUUACCGCAGCCCGUGCCACAGUUGCCAGAUUUUAAUGGAUCGCCCAUCCCCGAUUCCAACCUUAAGUCUUCACUAAAUCCCACAGCUAUGUUCCUUCCUGUGCCACACCCAACCAUCGGUUUAAAAACCGAUAUCCCAGAAAGGCCUCCCCAAAUUGAGGAAGAAAUUGACUUCUACAUCGACGUCCCCAAAAGCAGACUACCAGACAACGAUCUUGAGUUUGACUUGGAUUUUGACGAUGACACUGCGCAUAUUAAGCAUGAUGCACUGCCCCUGCCUGCGGAUCCGUACAUACCUAAAAUCUCAUUUAACCUCAGACCUCCAGAUCCUCAGCAGUAUCUCCCUACCAUAGAUAAGCCAACGAUUAGUGCAGUCGAAUUCGAAGACAAAUGCCCUGUUCCUUGGAUCACUCAGAAACCCACGCACGACUCUGCCGAUAUCCCCGACACCGAACUGUUCCCCUCCCUGGCGCCGCGUACAGUCAAGGAGAUGCUUAUUUGGAUGGCAGGACUGCAACACAAAAAGCACCAAGAGACUCUGCAAAAGUGUAUUACUAACGCUUUCAAGCGCGACGAUGAUGAACCUUCAGAUCUCCGACUCUCACUCAACGGUGCUGACAUCAGCCCUCAACAUGUCAUCGACACCAUUAAGCUUGCCGCCGUGUUCGCAGGUUCAGUGCUAUCCGCAGUUGCUCCUAGAUGGAAAAUGGCGGUGCCAUCUGUAACUUCAACGCCCAGGGACUCCGACCAAUCCAAUGACCCUGAUUGUUGCGCCCUCCUCUGCCAGCUGCGGGACUACGUCUACGCCUGCUACCACCAGUUGGCGUUCUUGAAGUCGCAGUGUUCUCAAGUCUCCACGCAAGGUUGCUGGCAGAAUUGUGAGUAUGGCCAUGAUGUCCCCUCCAACUCCCCCCUCCAGGACUUCCUGACUGACGCCUCGGACUCCAAGUUCGAGACGCAUCCCUUCGACCCGUGUGACAUCUGUCUCAAGAGCCGUGUCAACAUGGGAUUCACAAAAGAGGAUUUGCCUGCAUCUCACCAAACUGGCAAACAUCUCCACACCAUCCUCAGUCCCACCUGCGGCGGCGAGGAUCCCUUGCUCACACUGUCCUCCCAGCUCAACUGCAUCACCAGACGGACGCCGCGCACCGCCGGGGAGAUUGUCUCGUUCUUCCAUAAUUUCGGGAAUGAGCUGCAUUCAUCAUCUUCACAGUUGUCCAGGCUGGGUACAUCCUUAACCGAUCAGCAUAACGACUGCCCGAGGUGGGAUUGUCUCAAGGAGUCCGACGCCGAUACCGUCCGGGACCUCCGCGGUUCCGACGCUUCCAACUCCAUCCACGACCACAACCACAACCACGACAAAGGCCAUCCCAAGACCCUGUCCACGCUGCUUGGCUGCGACAUCACCAAUGCGCAGUGCCCACAACUUCUUUCACCCAUCACCUACCGGGCCUACGCCCUGUACUCUUCCAGCUUCGCCCACCACUACCUCAGCUGGGCGGUGUACCUAGCAGACAGACUGUGGGACUCGCUGCUCAAGCUGCACUGUGAUUUCGAGAAGCUCCAAUGUCACGACUCCAGGGCCAAGCCCCUCCACCAGUGUCCCGAAGCCCUGCCACUCCUCUACACUCACGGGUUCACACCACCGGACGGGACACUGCAGUCCUCACUCACGUGUUCCAAGGUCAUCGCCAAGCUGGAGGCAGUGGCCAACGGACAGCCUAUCGCAAAUCUUAUGACCUGCAUGGACGCAUUCCUCUACCGCAUACGUGCCCCCUUCCUCUACACUCUGCUCACACUCUGGUCUGUCGCAAUGAUCUUCCUCUCCCACACGACGUUGUACCGCAUGCACGUGCUGCGCAUCCGCUCCCACCUCCUCACCACCAGGGCCUCACACCUCAUCGACGUCAAGGCGCUGCUCGCCGGCAGCCGCAGGAUGCUCUCACUCUACAAGGACGUCGACUACUUCGACGACGACUUUCACUCAUGA